UUUUCCAUCCAUCCGCGGGCGGCCGUUUGUGCAAACUUUUCUCUCCAAGGCGUGUUUUUUUUUCGCACACCACCCAUACAUUCAUCGGCGUAACCAAUGUUGUGUGGGGUGGGCUGUUUGCUCCACCAUUGCUUUGGUAUUGGUGUCGCGGAACUCCGCACACACACACACACACACACACACACACAGACUCAGAUUUCAGAAAGGGUUGACUGUGGGUGGGGACGCCCGGUAGGAGGAACGUUCGGCCGUGACCAAACAUGGCCAGCACGCACCUCUUCUUCCCAUGCGCGUCCAGCGAGCGAGCGAGCUGCCCCCAUGCGGAUUGCAGUGUGUGCAGUCUGGGUUUCCACCUCGAUCACGCAUUCGCUUCCUCCUCCUUCUCAAUCUCCCACUCAGGUGCGAGAUCUUUGGGGACGGAGGGUCGGUCUGUACGCGCCGACAGCCGGUCAAGACCGGUGUGUGUCGCAAGGCCGCGGACGACGCUAUUCGUGGCGUGUCGUCGUUGUCGUCGUCAUCCCUUGCUGUUGCUGCUGUACAUGCUUCGCUCACUGCGUUCGUGUGUACGUGCGGUUUUUGGUGCGGUCGGUACCCCUCCGCAUGUCACCGUACCCUGGGACGGUUGUCGGUCUGGUCGGUUGUUGGCAUUGGAUUGGGUACCGUCCGUCCGUCCGUCCGUCGACUUUUCGCCGGCGAACGGUACGAAAGAGAUCGUGCAUCUUGUGCGCGGCGCUGGUCGUCAUCGUCGUCGUCGUGGUGGUGAACGGACCCGGUUCGGGUACCGGAUAUUGUGGUGUGUGCCGGUCGAUCUGUAGCAGUGCUUCCCGCAGCGCAGUGUUUGUCCACGUGUGCUCAAUUCGCUGUGCUUUUUUAAGACUCGCCCCGGUCUGUCGUGUGCAUCUUGUGAAGUAUUUGGGGACAUUCUUGCUCCUCGGAGAUAUUUUGUGUCUUGGUGUUUUCUACAUACGGCCUUGUAGGAAGAAGAUUCAAGGAUUCAAAUAAUGUGACGUCCAAAAUGGUCAAUUGAGUGAAGACGGACCACAUUUUUGUAACAGAAUCAGUUAUUAUCCUGAAGAGCUUUACCUUUGUGCUUAAGAUGCCGCUGUGUAACCUUGUUGAACGUUGGUAACUUUGCAUAACCAUUUAUGUCGUGGCGCUCCGACGACGAAGAGAUGAUCGUUCGAACGGAUUCGUCCUCGAGCUGUAGGUUGGAGCAGGAGUUUGAAGAAGACUGGGAUCUGAUGCAGUUUUACCUUUCAUCCGAUCAAACCUUGGAUCAGACAACGCCCUACGUAGAAACCAAUGAGGUAAUGUGUGUUUGCUGCUAAAUGUGCAUU